AUGGAUGUCUUUUACACCUACACCUACUCCACAGCCGCCUGGCUCUCGCUCCAGAGCGCAGCCCUCAUCUCUAUCCCCCAGGGCAUCUCGGCCAUGCUCCUUGAAGAGACGCGUCCCGCGACCCCAAGCGAAAUCUACCUCGCCCGCUGCUACGGCUUCAGCCUGCUCACAAUCUCCGCGCUGACAAUAAUGCUGACGGGCUCAAUCCCGCUAACCGCGGGACUGGCGGACCCGAGCCCAACCGAAGACGCGGACCCCGAAAACGACAGCAAGGCGCCCUACGCGGUGCCCACGCUCGUCCUCACCUCCAUCUUCCACGCCGCGAGUGCGUUCUAUGCGUACACGCGGUAUGUUGAUACGGCCAAGGGCGUGUUUCUCAUUGCCAUUGUCGGGUACUCGAGUAUUGCGGCGAUUGGGCUGUGGUGUGUGCUAUUUGCGUCGAGCCAUGGGAGGAUUUCGAGGCGGACGGGGGCCGAUAAGCGCACGGCGGGGUUUCCGUUUGGGAAUCGCGUGGCGAGGAAGAAGCAUGUGGGGAAGAGGGCUUAG